AAGAAGAAGAGAAGGGGCGCGGACAGGGAAGACUUGACUUUCCUCUUCACUGAAUCCCAACACGGUUUGACGGUGUGUUUUAAUGACAGCCAGAUAGACUAUAGGUAACUGUAGGUACAGCUUAUAGCUAUAUCUGCAAAGCUUAACUUUAAAACCCAAAUCGUUAGCAUUGUUCUCUUGUUUUUUGUUUUUUUUUGUUUACGCGACGUACUCACUAUUUUAUUCGCAAACUACCAAGAAAAAUGGGUCGGAAAGUAACUCUUGCGACUUGCUCGUUGAAUCAGUGGGCUUUGGACUUUGAAGGCAACUUCGAAAGAAUAUUAAAAAGUAUUGAGAUUGCUAAGGCUCACGGAGCCAAAUACCGACUGGGCCCAGAGCUGGAAAUAUGUGGGUAUGGCUGUGCAGACCACUUCUAUGAGUCAGAUACGUUGCUCCACAGCUUUCAGGUCCUAAGGAAGCUUCUGGAGUCUCCCAUCCCAGAGGACAUCAUCUGUGAUGUGGGAAUGCCCAUCAUGCAUCAUAAUGUGCGCUACAACUGUCGGGUGCUGUUCCUCAACAGAAAGAUACUGCUGAUCAGACCUAAAAUGAUGAUGGCCAACAAUGGGAACUAUAGAGAGUUGCGCUGGUUCUCACCUUGGAACAAGUUAAGGCAAGAAGAGGAGUAUUUUCUUCCCAGAAUGAUCCAGGAGGUAACAGGGCAGGUUACAGUCCCAUUCGGUAACUGUGUACUAUCCACAAAGGACACGUGCAUUGGCACUGAGAUGUGUGAGGAGCUCUGGAACCCUUGCAGCCCCCAUAUUCACAUGGGUCUGGAUGGGGUUGAAAUCUUUACGAAUUCAUCUGCUAGCCACCACGAGCUACGCAAAGCUGACUCAAGAGUCAACCUGGUUAAGUCAGCCACUACCAAGGUUGGAGGUAUCUACCUGUAUGCCAACCAGAAGGGCUGUGAUGGAGACCGUGUCUACUAUGAUGGUUGUGCCAUGGUGGCUAUCAAUGGAGAUAUUGUGGCACAGGGAGCACAGUUCUCUCUUAAUGAUGUGGAGGUGAUUACAGCCACUCUUGACCUCGAGGAUGUGCGUAGCUACCGAGGAGAAAUAUGCCAGCCACACAUGGAAAGUGAACCCAAACUUUGCCACAGGAUCAAAGUUGACUUCUCUUUAUCCAGUAGUGAUGAUGUCUACCUCCCAACCCACCAGCCGAUAACAUGGCGCUUUCAUACGCCAGAGGAAGAGAUCAGUCUAGGGCCAGCCUGCUGGCUCUGGGACUACCUGAGGAGAAGUGGACAGGCAGGUUUUCUGUUGCCUCUGAGUGGAGGUGUCGACAGCUCCUCCACUGCCUGUAUUGUCCACUCUAUGUGUGUGCUGCUCUGCCAGGCUAUACAGGAUGGCAACAGCCAGGUACUUAAUGAUGUUCGCAGAUUGGUAGGAGAUGACUCCUACCGUCCCCAGCACCCAAGGGAGCUAUGCAGUCACAUUUUCACCACUUGCUACAUGGCAAGCGAAAACUCCUCCAAUGACACAUGCAGCAGGGCCAAAGACUUGGCCAACGAGAUUGGCAGCACACACAUGAACAUUAACAUCGACGCUGCAGUUAAAGGCAUUCUGGGUAUCUUCUCAGUGGUCACUGGUAAGUGGCCUCGGUUUCGCGCCAAUGGAGGAAGCCGCAGAGAAAACCUGGCUCUGCAGAAUGUGCAGGCUCGGGUGAGGAUGGUCCUAGCCUACCUGUUUGCACAGCUGAGUCUGUGGUCCAGAGGGAAGCCAGGUGGAUUGCUGGUGCUGGGCUCAGCCAAUGUAGAUGAGAGUUUGACAGGAUAUUUCACAAUAUGCUCCAGUGCUGACAUCAACCCAAUAGGUGGCAUCAGCAAGACAGACCUGAAGAGCUUCCUGCUUUACUGUGUAGAGCAGUUUCAGCUUACUACUCUCAGAGGCAUCGUGGCUGCUCCACCCACAGCUGAACUGGAACCGCUGACAGAGGGACAGGUGUCACAGACAGAUGAGGCAGACAUGGGGAUGACCUACUCUGAGUUAUCAGUGAUUGGACGACUGAGGAAGAUGUCCAAGUGUGGCCCCUUCAGCAUGUUCUGUAAACUCAUUCACAUGUGGAAAGAUGUGCUCUCACCCAUGCAGGUAGCCCAGAAAGUUAAGCACUUCUUCUGGAUGUACUCAGUGAAUCGCCACAAGAUGACCACAGUAACACCGUCCUACCAUGCAGAGAGCUAUAGCCCUGAUGACAACCGCUUUGACCUCCGACCUUUCCUCUAUAACACACGCUGGGCCUGGCAGUUCAGGUGCAUCGACAGCCAGGUCUCCCAUUUGGAAGCAGACACAUCAAAUCAAUAAGAACCUGAGGUCUUCAGCUCCAAAAGAAAAUCCAUCAAUAAUGUAACCGAUCAAGUGUUAUUUCGUGAUUCUGCACAAUUUUUAGUAAAACCAAAUACUUUGUGUUGUGCUUGCAAGCACAGGGACAAGCAGGGAAAAAAUAUUUUCUUCUAGGACUAUAUAGAACCUUUGUUAUGCCUUACCUCACCUCUGUGAUAGCUGACUGAAUGCUACCAUUCCCAAACCCUGUGUGAAAUGCAGUAGUGCUUUCAUUUGUGGUGAAAUAAGCGACAUAUUUAAUUACUGUGUGAGAAAUAGUGACUGUUAGACCUCUUUGAAUGUUGAAUAAGAUCAAUAUCAACUGUAACAUAUCAAAUCUGUAAACCUUUGUUGGAAGCCUAACCUUGAUAUUGCCAGUGUGAAUAAAGCCAUAACUCUGA